AUGGGUUCCAAAACUUCUUCUUCUACUAGAGCAAAACCCUUCAUUUUCUUUCUCCUCUUCCUCUCAUCCUCCCUCUUUUUCACUGUGUUAACCUUUAGACCAAAGCCAAAAUUUAUUAACACACAUGGGCUUCAACAUCAAGCCAAGAUAUCAAAUGGGUUUAAUCUUAUUCCAAAAGAAUUCAAGGGUAAGAAUGUUAAAGUUGGUUUGGUAAAUAUUGUGGGUGAUAGAAUAGAAGCUACAUACAGAUUACUUGGAUUAUCAGAGCCAAAAACUGAGACUGUCAAGGUAAGGUUUGAUCAUGUGUCCAAGGAUUUGACAUGGAGGGACUUCUUCCCUGAAUGGAUUGAUGAAGAUGAGAAAUGGGCUUCACCCAAGUGCCCGGAGAUACCAUUGCCGAGGAAGGAGGAUUAUGAGGACCUUGAUGUGGUAAUAGCUAGGACUCCAUGUGAUAAGGUUAAAGAGAAUAAAGGGAUUAGGGAUGUGUUUAGGUUACAAGUCAAUUUAGUGGUGGCUAAUCUGGUGGUGAGGAAUGGAUGGCUUAGUCCUGAUGUUAAUCGGACGGUGUAUGCUGUGUUCAUCGGGUCUUGUGAGCCAAUGGUGGAGAUUUUCAGAUGUGAUGAUCUUGUGAUGCAUCGAGGAGAUCUUUGGGUGUAUAAGCCUGAGUUGAGGAGGUUGAAGCAGAAGGUACUCAUGCCUUUUGGGUCAUGCCAACUUGCUCCUAGUUAUGCACAAACAGGUCAAGAGGUGUGGAGAAAUUUUAUGUCAGAAUCAAGACAACAGAAUCACAGCAUUACCUUACACCGCCAUAAGAAGGCAUAUGCAACAGUCCUCCAUUCUUCAGAAGCUUAUGUUUGUGGUGCAAUAGCCUUAGCUCAAAGCAUCAUUCAGAGCAACUCCACCAAAGACCUAGUCCUCCUUGCUGAUCACUCCAUUAGUUCCGAGUCCAUCCGAGGCUUAAGAGCUGCCGGAUGGAAGAUUAAACGCAUCAAACGCAUCCAAAAUCCAUUUGCCGAAAAGGAUUCUUAUAAUGAGUGGAACUACAGCAAGCUACGCAUAUGGCAACUAAUAGAGUAUGACAAAGUUAUGUUUAUAGAUGCUGAUCUUUUAGUCCUAAAGAACAUAGAUAAAUUCUUUGUUCAUCCACAAGUAUCGGCUGCAACAAAUAAUAUGAUGAUUUUUAAUUCUGGGGUCAUGGUAAUUGAACCAUCAUUGUGCAUGUUCAAGGAGUUAUUGUCUAAGAGUUUGAAGCUGGAGUCAUAUAAUGGUGGUGAACAAGGAUUUCUUAAUGAAGCUUUUACAUGGUGGCACCGGUUGCCUACAAAGCUUAAUCAGCUAAAAAUUUUCGAUGGGUCGAGCAAUGAGAAGCAUGAGAUAGCAGAGGAUAGUUAUACGAUGCAAUAUUUGGGGUUGAAGCCAUGGAUGUGUUACAAGGACUAUGAUUGUAAUUGGGACAAGUUGGAUCACCAUCAGUUUGCUAGUGACUCAGCCCACAAGAGGUGGUGGCAAGUUUUCGAGGCCAUGCCAAAGAAUUUGCAACCACAUUGUGGACUCACUAAGGAAAUGGAUGCAAGGAUAAGGAAAUGGAGAGGGAUAGCUAGGAGAGCUAGUUUGGCUGAUGGGCAUUGGAGAAUCAAGGUUGAGGACCCGAGACAACACCAUUUUGUGGACUACUUGAGGGAUGCCAACAGUUGA